AGUGGAGGAGAAAGACUCCAGCUGCCGGGAGAAUCAGUGUAUGUGCUUUUUUAUGGAAUACCUUCAUUCACUGACUGUCAAUUUAAAAGGAGCGACUACAUUGUUACAUUAUGGGAAUUUCUAAAACUUCUGCUGUAGGAGCUAUGUUGCCCAUUACAGUUCGGUACAGGCGUCGGAACCACCGUCAGCCGUCCUUGCAGCAUAUCUUCAUUUGUGUGAGCAACGGAGGAUAUUGAUUAAAUGUCCUGACUUUGCAGAGCUGGUUUGGAUGAUGAGGAGGUUUUCUCUAGAGGACUGCAGUAGUCAGCUGUUUCAGGCCCUCACCGAUUUAGGCAGGUGUAUCUCAGGACAGGUUUGGAACAACAUGAGGAUCUCUCUCCUCCAGCUGUCGUCCUAAAUUAGCUGAGCUCUGUGAAAGGAGAGCUGUUUCAACUGACCCUUUCUGCUCCUUGAAGCUCCAUUCGUCCGUGAGACCCAAAUGCUGUCUGUCUUUCUUCAAAGUGGUCACUCGUGAAGAAAAAUGAACUUGUAGUGAAGGCCAGCCCUUCAUGUCGGGUAACUAACUCUAGGACAUCUCCUAAGCUUGUUGUUGAAGCUGGCCUGGCUUCCAUGAGACCCAAAUGGGUGACCUAUGACAAUGUAACCUAUGAGGGGAAUUUAAUUCCUGUUUUCCCAAGCAGCUGCAAGCAGGAUAUGCACUUGAGGCACGUCAUCGACCAUAAAGCAAACCUUCCGUCUUCAGUAGCUUGAGGGCUCCUCUAACGUCAUGCAUUCAUCAGAGGAAUUGUUCAGCAGGAAACUGAAAGCAUUGAAUGGGAGUAUGGGACAUCCAGCUACCAAUACCCAAUGCAAACUUGACGGGGGUAGCAAAACAAAUGGUACACCUGCCAUGCCUAAAAUGGGGGUGCGAGCCAGGGUGACGGAUUGGCCCCCAAAAAAGGAAGGUUGGGAAAGUCGAGGGGGGCCCAAUUAUGAGAGCAUCAUCACUGCAUUUCAGAAUGGACAGCCAGACCAAAGUAUGGAGGUUACUGAUUUAGGUGAUGUACCUCUGGAGCCAGAUUACUCGGACACAAAGUAUUCUCUUAAUGACCUUUUGAGUCGAUCCCCUUUAAAGGGGCUUCAUCCCAUUCGACAACGGAGUAACAGUGAUGUGACUAUUAGCGACAUUGAUGCAGAGGACAUAAUGGACCAGAACGCCGUCAACCCAAACACUGGUGCUUCUUUGCAUAGAGAGUACGGAAGCACGUCCUCUAUUGACCGACAAGGUCUUGGCAACGAUGGCUUCUUUACAAUGUUGCGAGGAUACAGGAUCGACAAUUUAGAGCAUCGUAGCGCCCCACCUGUCGGCUUUCCAGAACUCCUACGCUACGACACCACCCUCUCCCCAAGCUUGCAAACGGCUGCUCAGAUAGCCCGUGGUGAGAUCGUCCGCAUCUCAAGCUACGACUACGUGGACAGCUCCCUCCUCUACAGCCGCGAAAGGGAAAAGUCCUUCAUGCGACGCCUCAAGUCAGAGUCCUCUGAAACAUCGCUUUUCAGGAAGUUAAGGGCUAUAAAGAGUGAACAUGAUGGUCUGCGGCUCUCAACUGAGCAGGAUGACCGUCCUCCACUCAGUUUUCAGAAGUGCUUUGCUCACUAUGAUGUCCAGAGUGUACUCUUCAACAUAAGCGAAGCUGUCGCCAAUCGAGUAAACCUCAAUCAAAGGAAGAACACAACCACCGGUGCUUCUGCAGCCUCACAGUACCAAGUCCCGGGAGUUGCUCAAGUUGGUGGGAAUUCCAUUGCGCCUGCAUCCAUGUUCGAAUCACCCCUGGGCAGUCGGGAGGACCUUAACCCCAAAGAGAACCUGGAUGCUGAUGAGGGUGAUGGAAAGAGCAAUGGAUUGGUGCUAAGUUGCCCGCAUUUUCGCAAUGAGAUUGGGGGAGAGGGCGAGAGAAGAAUCUCGCUCUCCAGGGCCAACAAAGCCACCUACAGUGGCGGAGGAGAAAACUGCUCUUUUGAGUCAUCUUUAAGUUCUCACUGUACCAAUGCUGGUGUGUCCGUGUUGGAGGUACCACGGGAGAACCAGGCCAUCCACCGUGAAAAGGUCAAGCGAUUCAUCAUCGAACACAUCGACUUGGGAGCGUAUUAUUACCACAAAUAUUUCUACGGGAGAGAGCACCAGAAUUACUUCGGGGUGGAUGAGAAUUUGGGUCCGGUGGCCAUCAGCGUGAGGAGAGAGAAACUGGACGAUGGAAAAGAUAAGGAGGGAGCGCAGUAUAACUACCGGAUCACCUUCAGGACGAGUCAGUUAACCACUUUGCGAGGAGCGAUUCUGGAGGAUGCUGUGCCUUCCACAGCGAGGCACGGUACGGCACGUGGUCUUCCUCUGAAGGAAGUGCUGGAGUAUGUGGUUCCCGAACUAAACAUCCAGAGCCUCAGACUGGCCAUCAGCUCACCCAAAGUUCCGGAGCAACUCCUCAAACUGGACGAGCAGGGGCUGAGUUUUCAACACAAAGUAGGCAUCCUGUACUGUAAAGCGGGUCAAAGCACAGAAGAGGAGAUGUACAAUAAUGAGAAUGCUGGCCCGGCGCUGGACGAGUUCCUGGAUCUGCUUGGACAGAGAGUAAAGCUGAAGGGCUUUAUGAAGUACAGAGCACAACUGGACAACAAGACGGACUCUACCGGUAAUCACUCACUCUAUACGACCUACAAAGACUAUGAACUGAUGUUCCAUGUGUCCACACUUCUCCCCUACACACCUAACAACAGGCAACAGUUGCUCAGAAAGAGACAUAUAGGAAAUGACAUCGUCACCAUCGUAUUCCAGGAGCCUGGUGCCUUGCCCUUCACACCCAAAAACAUUCGCUCCCAUUUUCAGCAUGUGUUCGUCAUCGUUAAAGUUCACAAUCCCUGCACUGAAAACGUCUGCUACAGUGUGGCGGUAUCCCGAUCGAAAGACGUGCCUCCAUUCGGCCCUCCCAUUCCUAAGGGCGUGACCUUUCCCAAGUCAGCCGUCUUCAGGGACUUCCUAUUGGCCAAAGUGAUCAACGGGGAAAAUGCGGCGCAUAAAUCUGAAAAGUUUCGUGCCAUGGCAACUCGCACACGUCAGGAGUAUCUCAAGGACCUCGCGGAGAACUUUGUAAGCACAACGACGGUGGACUCUGCCGUUAAAUUCAGCUUCAUCACGCUAGGUGCCAAGAAGAAGGAGCGUGUUAAACCACGGAAGGACGCUCAUCUCUACAGCGUGGGUGCUGUCACCUGGACCGUGGUGGCACGAGAUUUUGGACAAACCAAGGAUGUGGAGUGUCUUUUGUGUAUUUCUAACGAGUUCAUCGUGUUAAUCGAGGAGGAGUCCAAGAAUGUAAUUUUCAACUGUUCCUGUCGGGAUGUCAUUGGUUGGUCUUCUGGCGUCAUGAGCAUUAAGAUGUUUUAUGAACGUGGAGAGUGUGUGAUGUUCUCGGCACAUGAUAACUGUGGAGAGGACAUUAGAGAGAUCGUCCAAAGACUUGAGAUUGUGACCCGCGGAUGUGAGACCACAGAAAUGACCCUGCGUAGGAACGGUCUGGGCCAGCUCGGUUUCCAUGUCAACUUCGAGGGCAUCGUGGCAGACGUGGAACCGUUUGGUUAUGCGUGGAAGGCGGGCUUACGCCAGGGCAGCCGAUUAGUGGAGAUCUGUAAGGUGGCAGUGGCGACGUUGACCCACGAACAGAUGAUCGACCUACUGCGGACUUCCGUCAGUGUCAAAGUCGUCAUCAUUCAACCGUAUCAGGACGGCGCUCCAAGAAGGGGCUGUUCAGAGCUGUACCGCAUCCCGAUGGUGGAGUAUAAGCUAGACAGUGAAGGAACUCCAUGCGAGUACAAGACUCCCUUCAAAAGAAACACCACGUGGCACCGUGUGCCCACCAGCGGCCAGCCUCUCCCCCGCGGUUCCCCCACACAGGGUCCUGAUCGGUUGCCGUGCCAACAGAUGCUCCAGCACGCUCAGACUGCCAUCCCGCGAAGCACCUCUUUCGACAGGAAGUUGCCCGAUGGACCCAGGAGCGUUCAAGACAUAGAAAACCCUCAGAUCUCGCCCUGCAGUAAAGGAGACACGUCUCAACAUUACCGCAGCUCACCAAGUAACCAGUCCUCCUCUAGUGACCCGGGACCCUGCGGGAGCGUCACCUGGAGCCAGCAGCCAGGAUACGACGGAUGUCAGUCCCCCGUACUCCAUGACCACUCCGCUGAAGCCCAGGGCAUGCUGGGAGAUACAGAGAUGCUUCGGGAGAGGGAGCCCACCCUCGAGAGGACACGGUCUGCAGAGGCCAAGUGGCACGUCCCUUCCACAAAGAUCCUGAACUCAUUGAAGGAGAGGGGCAAGGAUUCGCCCAACAAGUUGACAAGGCAGGGCGGCGAUAAGAACUCCAGCCACUCCAGUAGUAACACUCUCUCCAGUAACGCCUCCAGCAGUAACAGUGAUGAGAAGCACUUUGACUCUGGAGAUCUGAUGGAUCCAGAGAUGCUGGGUCUCACUUACAUUAAAGGAGCGUCAACAGACAGCGGGAUUGACACCGCCCCCUGUAGCAUGACCCCAGGAGUGGCCAAUGCAUCUGUGUCCCGGGUCAUGCUCCAGGGGCGAGGGGCGUCGGACCCGGGACACCCAUGGCCCCCGGAGCUGACGGAGGAAGGUUCCGUUGAGGAGGAGCACAGGAGGGUGUACCUGACUCAAAGCUACGCCGCAGCACUGGUAGCCGGACACGCACCCAGGGACGGGAGUAUAGGAGACCUCAGCGAGAUCUCAUCCCAUUCCAGUGGCUCCCACCACUCCGGCAGCCCCUUACCCCACAGCUCCAAGCUCUGCUCCUCUCCAGAGACGUCCAGAGCCCAGACAGGGCCCCACAGUAGCCAGAACCAAGGGCUCAGCUCUGAGGCACCAACACACAACUGCCGCAAGAUGGUCGACGACAAACCUAUCCCAGAAGAGCCCUCAAAUCUGUCCGAAUGUGGGCAGCUGUAUGAGGCGGAGGCUUCCUGUCGGCUACAGGAGAGAGAAAGGGAAAAACUAAAGGAUGGAGGUCUUCAGCCCAACAUGUCUAAAGAAGAAUACCUGAAGAUGAUGCUAACUGAUAGCCCACCUGGAGAGGGCGGUCAUAGGAAGGCCUCAACGGCGGGAAGUGUGUCACCACGCCGCUCCCUCUACCGGACUCUCUCCGACGAGAGUGUGUGCAGUAACAGGAAGGGAUCGUCAUAUGCCAGCUCACGUAGCUCCAUGCUGGACCAGGCCAUGCCCAACGACAUCCUGUUCAGUAGUACCCUACCCUACCACAGCACCCUACCACCUCGCAUCAGCUUCAGCCACCCUGGAUCCAACCUCAAAAAUGAGUUGUGGUUCUCUGACGGCUCCCUUGCGGACAGGUCAAAGUUCAGUGAUCCGGGUCUCAUGCCUCUACCAGACACUGCCACUGGCCUGGACUGGUCUCAUCUCGUAGACGCAGCAAGGGCCUUUGAAGACCAGCGUGUGGCUUCGUUCUGCACCAUGACGGACAUGCAGCGAGCCGAAGCCCUGCACAUCUCCCGCGAGCUCACGAGACGCGUGGCGGCCGCAGAGGGAGCUGCCCUGGAGGCAGGCAAUACCUCUCCUGCCACACUAACGGGCAAAGUCAAUCAAUUGGAGGUGAUCUUGAGACAGCUGCAGUACGACCUGAAAAAGGAGAAGGAGGACAAGGCGAUCCUCCAGGUAGAGGUGCAGCACCUGAGACAGGACAACAUGAGACUGCAGGAGGAGAGCCAGACUGCUGCCGCCCAGCUCAGGAAGUUCACGGAGUGGUUCUUCCACACCAUCGACAAGAAACCUUGAUGGAGACUCCUGUCUGCUUUGGGAGAGAGGUGGAACCUGCCCCUUUGAGCAGUUCCUCAGGGUGUUGAAAGAGAGUUUAAGGGUAAGAGGGUAAAACCACUGGAGAACUAUCUGCCAUUGAAGCAUCAGAUACCUUCGAGACAAUCUUCACGGAUGCUUUAGCGGCAGAGAUUUACCUACUCUUGCAAGGCCAAAUUCCUACUGCAAUUCCAAUGAAAUGAAGAAUGUAAGUUUAUACUGGACUGUGGAAGCUACUUUGUUGGUGCUAGUUGAAGUAGAAGAGUUGGUUUACAGACUAAUCCUUCACACCAGGUGGGACGAGGAGAAAUAGGUUUGUCAUGGAGAAUGUACUGGACUACUGGUACCAAGACACUAUCAGCUCCAGGAUUUUACUUCUACAAACAACAACAUUGAAAAGGUGGAUUAUGAAUGUAACACAUCAAGACCUUUAGUAGCUUGAAAUUUCAUUCGAACUUCCUCAAGACAUAUGGCAAGCAAUCCGUGUUUUUAUUUUGCACCACAGUCAAACGUUGAAGUUCGAGAGGUCAACAGUAAGUUCUGGCAAUAAUCUUGGAGUCGCAGAACUUCUAAAAACGACAAUGUCCCCAGUAGCUCAAUGUGUAGAGUUCCCGAACCAAUUCAGCUGUCCCAUAUUUGCUAAUGAGACUGUGCCUCAUAGAACAAUUGAAGAUCAGAAAGGAAGCAGGUGUAUACGUUGCUUUUUCAUUCCUUCUCAACACAUGCCUUGUCUACGGUUCACUGAAUCCUGAUGUGUACUGUGUAUAGAUAAAGCGUUGUAAAAUCCGAUCUAUGCGCAGUUCCUCCCUGCAGCUUUCAAACUGACUACGACUGACUACCAGUGAACCUCAGUCACCAUGCCAAAAUUGUGUUUAUCUCUGUACAGAAACCACAAGAAAGUGUCUUGUAUUUAACACUGUUAUUUAAGCUUAUUUAACCUAAAUUAGUUUAUUUUAUUAAAUAAAAUAAAAAAGUCUUGGUUUCUGCUUUAGGGAGGAUGUAGGAAAGGCUACGUAAUGGAGAUACUGUGAUGACCGUAGCUUUGCCAGGACUGUGUCAGAUAUGUUGAUAUUUUGAUCGAUUUGUCUUUGUUUUUCUCAUUCCAACAUUUGGAUGCUGCUAGAUUACACUCUGUUGGUUUCUACGCUUUUACAAAUGUGUUUCUUUGUAAAUUGAUUUCAUGUAAAAUGGGACAUUGGUUGCUUUUUUUCUCUUUUUUUUUAAUAAAUGUAGAUGUAAACAAACAUGUGCUUAUUUCAAUGUUUAUGAACAACAAAAAUAAUAAGCAAAUAAUGGACAAUCUCAAACCACCGACUGAGUAAUGGGUGAAUCUCGUGAAAACUGGUGAGAACAUCGUUGUGUCUUGGUUCACCCCAAAAUUGAAAUGAAAUGGUGAAGUAUAUUUAGCAUAACAAAACUGAGACUUUUAAAGACCAAUGAGAUUGUGACAUUAUUUUCAUGACAAUUAAGCAGUUUUAACUCUUUUAAGCUCAGGUGGGCCUGCGAGAAAAAAUAAUAAUUGCCAAAAUAUCAAUAACUACAGUCUUGACUAGCACAACAUAGGAAUCGUUUGAAAGCUUAGAAGCUGUACUUUAUAAUGCAUGCAGUCUUUAUGACCAAAACUGCUUUGAAAUUUGUAGACAAAUUAGAAGUGUUCUGUUUUGAUAAUUUAUUAAAAAAAAAAAAAAAAAAAAAAAAAACACUGUACAUAUUAUUGCAAUCAGUAAAAACAUCAAACUCAUCAAAUAGCCAUGUGUCAUAUGUUGUUGGAAAGCUUUCAAAUAGAAGAAUACAUCCAACCUAUUUGUUUUACUCACAGAAAAAAUAUAGCGAGUAAUAGCUAAGUAUAUGUCUUUGAUAAUUAUGUUGGUGUUGCUUAUAUGCUGCAUUUUGCUUAUAACUUCAUGAAAAUAUAAAAUAUCACAUAAUAUUACUUAGAGGAGGUGAUUAUCUUUCAAAUGAGCCUACACACAAGGUAAUCGGAUGCAUAGAUCAUUAGAUAAUCCACAUGAAGCACAAUGUUACAUAUGGCCACCAGGAGAUGGCGCCAAAUACAUGACACAGACUCAAUGAUGACUCAGAUGACACGGA